UGGGGAUCGCGAUCGACGCCCUUAUCUUAUUUGCUGAAAAAUUCCUUUCUCUAUCUGUCGAGAUAACUGCCGAUUUGUUGGGAUAGUCACGAUUCAUAUUUUUAUUGUUCCUCGAGAUGAAAAAUCAGCAGCAGCAGCGAUGCAAGAAUCUCUUAUCGAAAAGAUGUCGCAGCCGGUCUCAAGUUUCGAUAAAAAUCCUGGGGAUUCUUGGUCGUGUUGCGACUUUCAAAGUGCUGUGUUCGGCUCGCACGCGCGGCUUUUCCUUGACCAAAUUUGCCUCGUGACUAGUGUGAAAAUAGCGGCAAACCUGUUUCGCGGUGACAAACGCCGAUGAAAGUUCCACACCAAAAGGAGAAACUUUCGAUCGCGAGCUCACACCCGCCCUCGGCGAGUGCUCGAACACUUUGAGUGAAAAAAAAGCCGCGAGUACGCGUCGCGUUCGCCCCGGAUAACAAGCUGUAACGUGCUGAAAUAUGGCGAGAGAGGAUUGCAAACUUGAGGAAUUGGGCAUCGAUGAAGCUUGUUUAGUUCUCACCGGACAUCAUGAUCAGGAUUACAACGCUACGCUGCUCUACUCUCUCUCUUCUGAUUGCGUUUUGUGUCCGUACUCGAGAAUCGCAUCGAUUGAGCCAGGUAACAAUAUCAGCGUCAGAGUCAACGCUGCUAGAUCCGCCACAUGGAGAAUUUACGAACAGACUACGGAAUUGCUUCAGGAUUACCGAUCCGUCAACGAUGAAAGUGGUUUGGUCUGCCAAUUCCAGCCGAAUAUCGGAGAGUAUGGAAUUUACAAAUUGAGCAAGUCCGAGGAAGGCGAGGUCGUCGACGUCGGAGCAGGCUGGAAGUUUCGAACGAUCCUAGAGCCGCGAAAUUCUUACACGCCACUCGCUGCAAUUUUUGGCAUCGUCCUGUGCCUCAUUUUCGUUCUUUGGCUCGUAAAAAUGUGCCUGCACCUGACAUCGAGGGUGAGGAGGAGAAAUAACAGCUGCAGCGUCACCAAGAACAAAGGCAAUAAGCGAGUGAUGCAGCUCGAAUCAACUGGCACGGUACCAGGCGAACCAGUUGGAAAUUCAAACGUCAAUGACGAGCGAAGUGGCGACGAGGCAGCAGCGGGGUCACGGCCUCGGGGUCGCCGCAUCUUCUCCAUAGACACGUUUCGCGGGAUAAGCAUUCUGACAAUGAUAUUUGUAAACAACGGUGCCGGUGGUUACUUCCUCUUGGAGCACGCAACAUGGGACGGUUUGCUCAUAGGUGAUCUCGUGUUUCCCUGCUUCGUCUGGAUCAUGGGGGUCUGCAUUCCCAUCGCGCUGUCUUCGCAACUCGCCAGAGGAACUUCCAGACUGACCAUAGCUCGAGGGAUUCUGAAGCGGAGCGUACUUCUUUUCCUCAUCGAUCUGUCGACCAACUCUAUAGGAGCGGAGGCGGAUUUGAAGAGAAUGCGAUUGUUCGGAGUGCUGCAACGCUUCGCGAUCGCUUACGCUUUCGUCGGUCUCUUGUACGUAUUUUUCAGCUCGAGGAUAGAAAAUAAAAAACAGCCAGGAGGAAGGACGAAAACGUUCGCCGAUGUCCGCUGCUUACUGGGCCAGUGGAUUGUCAUAUUGGCGGUUACCGCUCUUCACUGCGCCAUCACAUUUGGUUUGCCCGUGCCGGGAUGUCCGACUGGUUAUCUCGGGCCUGGCGGUAGGCACGCGGAGGGCCGGUUCGCGAACUGCACCGGUGGAGCAACCGGUUACAUCGACCGGAUUAUUUUAGGCUCGGAUCACGUUUAUCAGCGACCAACGAUCGCCAGCGUUUACGGUUCGGGACCCUUCGAGCCCGAAGGAAUUCUCGGUUGCUUGACGACCAUACUUCAGACCUUCCUCGGCGUUCAAACUGGCAAAACUUUGCGAAUUCAUGCCGGAUGGAAAAGCCGAGUUUCGCGGUGUCUCGCUCUCGCUAUUCUCUGCGGUUUCCUCGGUUGCGCGCUUCAUUUUUCCGGUAUUAUUCCGAUCAACAAGAACUUGUGGUCGCUCUCGUUCGUUCUUUCCACCACAGCCUUCGCUCUGGGCCUCUUCGUCGUGUGUUACCUCCUCGUCGACGUGGCUCGAGUUUGGCUCGGUGGUCCUUUCCGGAUACCCGGUAUGAACGCCCUCGUCAUGUACGUUGGCCACCGAAUCUUAUAUCAGAUGUUUCCAUUCCAUUGGAAAUACGGAGAAGAAACUUCGGACAGUCACGAAUGGCGAACGAUCGCCGCGGUCUGGGACGUCGGAAUGUGGACGAUCCUCGCCUACGUUCUUCACCGAAAAAGGAUCUACAUUUCUCUCUGAUUCGACGAGCCUCGUGUGUCUCCGCUAUACAACCGUUGAACUUCGUCGUUUCCUUCGAGAAUUCGGACGCUGGGACCUGUUCGAACGAAAAUAAUAAUAAAAAACUUUUCUUAAAUUCUA